CCCUCAGCACAUCACCCACACCGAAACUUGUACGUUCCGGUUUCCUGUUACUGCUUUCCUAUACUUUACGCUUGCCAGCAUCAUCAAGGAGUCAGCCACCGCACCGAACAUCAAGCCAUGGAUGCCGAUGAGCUGCAUCGAGACCCCCAGAUAAGUCCUAAACGAAAGAGGAUGAGCGACUCCGGCGAGGAGAACGAAUAUACGAGUGGGCAUGCUGGUGCAGGCCCUCAACGUCUUCAGCUCACUCCAAUCUACGCGUCUACCAAGCAAAGCGCAAUGGCAGACGCCGGUAAGGAGGGCGGGCACGCGGUGGGUGAACACGCGAGCGAGAGAGAUGGGACAAUUCUGCAAUGCCAUGAUCCUCAAGGCAAGGUCGAAGACGACAUCAAGGUCCGCGAACGUCUGGUGAACGCUAUGUUGGUAGCACAGAAAACUCAGGCCCGGGCCUGCGGAAAUCUGCUGUUGCUCACCAACAAGCUCCGCGGCUGGGCGCGUCAUCUCACUGAACAAGAGGACUGGCUCUAUAGAGAACAACGCCAACUCAUCGAGCAGCAGCAACUUCUUUCCAGAGUGCACCUCGAUGCUGCGACUGGGUGUCUGAAGCGCUCAACCUGCGAUCCCAAAUUUCCCAAAACGCCGGACGAGACGUUCAUGCUCUCCGAGACCGAACAGAUCGCACAGUUCAAGACGGUGAUCAGUACGCUGGAACAGAAUAUCGAAGCGUUGAUCUCCGAGCUGCAAAUCGAGAAGGAAGCUAGAGUAGCCGCGGAAGAAAAGCUGCGGGCGAGAAUUGUCAUAUCUGAGCCGCAGACUGAGAACAAGGCCCAAAGUGCUGCGGAAGAAGAGAUGUCGGCGAAUGAAGAAUAGCUGGCUGGGUUUCAGUGGCAUCUGCUAUACGUUCGAUGCUCGUGCACUAAAAAGUAGCACUGUCAAGAAAGCUAAAGUGUAUUCUCAGAGACCGAGAAGCAGAUAUUUGUAAGAACGAAAAACAUCGCAUACGCGGGCGAGGCAUACAUGGAGGCAUUCAGAAGUAGAUCAACAAGAG